GAUGGUUUUUUACUGUUACGGAGUGAGCAGAUUGAACGAUGAUAUCCAUUUUGUGACUGGGAGGAGGCCUAUAAAAUAUUGGAGAAUGCUGUGGUAUACAUAUCCAGUUAUUUUAAUGGGUGGCAUAGGUUUAUUGGUUUUGGAUAAGCUCCGAGGAGUUGCUAAACACAAGUCGUUCAUAGAGAAAGACUUUCCGGAUUCGCCUUUCUUCGAUUCGAUCCUCUUCGUGGCUUUGGGAAUUGUGUUUCUGUACCUUCUGAUCAUCUUCAUAGGUACCUUCUUUUACAUAGUGAUGGCCGUGAGGACUUUAUCGACGAUUGUGCAUUUGCUGAAGCCGCAGUUCUACUGGGGACCAUUCGAUAAGGAUAUGAGAAUCGCAAGGAAGAGUUUCGCUCCGAGAACGUCGAUCCGUUCUCAACCGCCAAAGAAGAAACGGCAAAGGUUCCGUAUGCAUUCCAUCAAGCAAAUGCACGAACGUGAUAUUGCCGAGCACGUGAACCGCGGCAGGAUCUUCCUGGACUCCAUAUUCUUCACGAACGUCGGGGAGGAAGACAGGAGGCGGCAAUCCCAAUACCUGGACACCCUGAAGAUGAUCAUCAGGCAUAGACGCAGCACUCUAUUUUGAUUCGGAGUCGUGUUGGAUGGGGUUUGCGAAUUGGGGCACCGCGGAUUUAGGUCUUUUUGUUGUCGUGCGCACGUGUUAAUUACACGCGACGGAAAAAGGGGGACACGCUCUUAUAGAGUCGUAAUGAAAUGCAAUUUACCACAGAGGCGGAAUGUGCCGCAAAUUGCACACACGCGACUCGAAUUAUCGGACUGUCAUUAGGAACAUUCUAUUCUUAGAUUGAGACUCGAAGACAUAGAAAUCACGGGAGAAUCGACCGCAGAGUGCGGAAGAGAGGAGAAAAAAAAUAAUUUUGGGAUUCGCAAAGUUUUUCCAGGUUUGUUGGAGACCUUCUAAUUUUAGUGCAACGUACUUUAUUUUCGGGCCGUGCGAAAAACAACAAACGUCGUCAACUUCACCACAUCUGUCCUGUGUUUGCUUUGUAUAAAUAAUAUUCGCCGAUUCAGAAACAACAAACAACACGGCCAGUUAAUACGUCAACCUGAGGUUGAAAAGAUUUAUACGGAAAUUAAUCAUCGUUCAAUUAAACGUUUCCAAUUUGAUUCCUUGGAAAUAAUUAAUAUUUGUUUAUUGUCUACAUCGAUUUCCGCAACAGAAUUCGUUGACCCAUUCAAUUCAUUAAAACGCAUUCACUAAAUGAGUAAUCUACAUAUAUAUGGAAAUUUUGUAAUUAUUCAUAGUUCUGGAAAUCCUUCAAUCCUUGAUUGUUUCGACUGCUGAUUUACUUGCC